AUGGCCACUAUCAAGGCCAUUGAGGGCCGCUCUGUGCAUCAGAUCCAGUCGGGUCAGGUCAUUAUUGGUCUGGAAUCGGUAUGCAAAGAGCUUGUCGAAAAUAGCAUCGAUGCAGGCGCCACAUCAAUUGAGGUGCGCUUCAAGAACCACGGCCUAGAUUCCAUAGAAGUCCAGGACAAUGGUUCUGGUAUUGCGCACGACGACUACGAAACCAUCGCCCUCAAGCACUAUACGUCCAAACUAGCUAGCUACGACGACCUCUCGUCGCUACAGACAUUCGGCUUCCGCGGUGAGGCGUUGUCGUCGCUAUGCGCUCUCUCCAACUUUCACAUCAUCACCGCUCGGCCUUCCGACGGCCCGAAAGGUACCAAACUGGAGUUCGAGCAGUCAGGCAAGCUGAAGGGGACAUCGGUGGUAGCGGCUAAGCAAGGUACGAUGGUGGUGGUGGAGACACUAUUCCGUAAUCUGCCUGUACGGCGGAAAGAGCUCGAGAAGAACGUCAAGAGAGAAUACAAUAAAGUGCUGCAGUUGCUGAACGCAUACGCUUGUAUAAGCGUUGGCGUCAAGUUCUCCGUGAGCAAUCAGAUACCGAAAGGGAAGAAGACGGUAGCUUUCUCCACGAACGCGAAUGCGAGCACACGCGACAACAUUUCCAAUGUCUACGGCGCAAAGACGGUUGCCGCCCUGAUCCCUCUCAGCCUCGAAUUCGUCAUGAACCCUUCAAGUCGGCCGGUUGCCACACAAAGCGCAAGGAACCGGAGCACGCAAGAGGAUUCGGGCUCACGGACAGUCAAGAUAGUUGGCCAUAUCUCCCGCCCAGUUGUGGGCGAGGGUCGCCAAACACCAGACAGACAAAUGUUCUUCGUGAACUCGCGGCCUUGUAAUCUUCCACAGGUCUCCAAGGCAAUCAAUGAGGUCUACAAGUCCUACAACAUUACACAGUCACCCUUUAUCUUCGCAGAUAUUCAGUUGGACACCAACGCCUACGAUGUCAAUGUGAGUCCAGACAAGCGGACCAUCAUGCUCCAUGACCAGACUGCGCUACUAGAAAAUCUUAAAGAAGCUCUUCUAGAGCUAUUCGAGAGCCAUGCUCAGAGUGUUCCUCAAGCUCAACUCUUAGGCAAAAAAACGCCCAUGUCCGCCUACAAGCCACCAACAAUACAGUCUCGUGAAAGCACUACAUUAGCGGUAGAAGAGGACCAAAGCGAGUCGGAAGAUGUCGUUCAUUCUCGCCGUGAGACUCCAAAGAGACCUGAAUUGAAAUCUGUCCCAGACACGCCUGGGACGGACGAUCAUCCAGGUUUUGUGAAAGCGAGUCUCAUCGAGCGAUUCGCUGGUCGGGACUCAGAAGACCGAGCAGUUCGUCCAGUCGUUAGACCCAGAAGAACCAGCACCCCCGAGAACAGCAAGGUGACUGGAAAUCGCGUGUCCCACCCUCACAUGCCUCGACGUAGCGCUACGCCUGGAAAUGAAGACCCGGUCGAUCCACCACUUGCAAGGCCGCAGUCACCGUUGUUCGAACCGGAAGAGUUGGCUGGGGUCCCUGUCAGGCUUUCUCAGCCUUCCAAGAUCGUUCAAGAUUUCAACGCCCGCAUAGAAUCUCAGAGUCCUCGCCGACCAGAACCAGUCAGCUUGUCCAAGCCUUCAGAACCUGCUAGUGAUGGAGAGGAAGAACAGCAGCCAAUCCCGGCCAUCAGACAAACGCCGCAAAAGUCGUGGUCGCAGAGCACUAUUCAAAACGCGUUUGACCGCAUGCGUCCCAUGCGAACCCCACUCCAACAAGCCACGAUAACUGUGGGCGACACCACGACGGUUUCCACGAUCGGCACCGGAAAUCAAUCAGCAGCUUCCAGACGGGCCAGGAUACACACGCCAAAAUUUUCUUUGUCUGGCAAGCCAUUAAAUCAAACACCCAAAAGGAGGUUGUUCAAAAAGGGUCUAAGUGGCUUUGCGGCACCGGGUACCCAGGCAGAAAGUAGUGAUGAGGAUGAUGAGCAGGAGGAGGCGGAAGAAGAUGAAGAUGAAGUCGCUCAGGACAGUAAUAUGUCUGAUGCACCCGUACGUUAUCCAUUUCCAAACGAGCGCUUGCCAUCUCGAGGAUUUGAAGAGCCACGAACCGAUGAUAUGGAAGUCUCUUCCAACACCCCGCCACGGCGCUCAAGAAUCGCUCUGGAAGAGCAUCAAGUAGCGGAAUCAGCGUCAGUCGCUGAAGCAGAGCCUCAAGCGGAGGUGGAAAACACAGACGACGAGUAUAUUGAGGACUCUGAGAAGAAGGAAAGAGAAGAAGCAAAGAUUGCGCAGCUCAUCGCUGAAGCCGAAGAAGCUGCUGCCCGACCCACCGAAUUGAACUUGAAGCGGGCCAACAAACUGUUCAAGAUCACCCAGAAAAAGUACUGGACCAUCAAUCUUGAGCGCGUUAUCGAGACAGACGUCGACGCCAUUGCUCGGCAUCUACAGAAUAUCCAGGCGUCUAUCGAUGCAUCGACGGCAAAGACCGAUGCGGCGGCUGCGCUUCCCACCAGUACCCAGCUGAACCAAGACGAUCCCGAAGAACGGCUGAGUCUUACAGUAACGAAGGCUGACUUCAAUGAGAUGCGCAUUAUUGGUCAGUUUAAUCUAGGCUUCAUCAUCGCCGUGCGACCACCCACACCCACAUCGCCCAUGUCAGACCUGUUUAUCAUCGAUCAGCAUGCGAGCGACGAAAAGUACAACUUCGAGCGUCUUUCUGCGACAACAACGCUGGUGCCACAAAAACUCGUACAUCCACAUCCUCUCGAACUCACUGCUGUUGAGAAGGAGAUCAUUCGCGAAAACAAGCACUCGCUUACCGCCAACGGCUUUGUCGUUGAUCUGGAAACUGUAGAUGACAAAGAAGCGGAUCAUCGUGCACAGCUGGUCUCACUGCCCAUGUCGAAGGAGGUCACUUUCACCCCAACAGAUCUGGAGGAGCUCUUGGCACUCAUUCUAGAGAACCCACCUUCCUCCUCCACUUCCACAUCGCGGCACAUACCACGCCCUUCUAAGGUUAGGAAGUUACUUGCGAGCCGCGCUUGCAGGAGUUCAGUAAUGAUCGGUAAGACUCUUCAGCCGCCACGGAUGAGGGAGAUUGUUCGACACAUGGGCAGUAUGGACAAGCCCUGGUCUUGUCCACAUGGUCGACCUACUAUGCGCCAUCUCUUUGGUCUGGAGAAGUGGCAAGGCUGGACCGAAGGAGACGGGGUGUCAGGAGUUGAUGUACAAGGCGAGAAAACCGAUUGGAAUGCCUACUUGAAGAACAACAAGAAAUGA